GCCCCGGGCCGGGCCAUGCGCUGAGGCCGCCGCGCCGCCCGCAGCCAAGGGCGGAUCCCGGGCAGGACACGCGACCGCGGGGCCAAGAUGCCGGAGCAGAGCAACGAUUACCGCGUGGUGGUGUUCGGAGCCGGCGGCGUGGGCAAGAGCUCGCUGGUGCUGCGCUUCGUCAAGGGGACCUUCCGCGACACCUACAUCCCCACCAUCGAGGACACCUACCGGCAGGUGAUCAGCUGCGACAAGAGCGUGUGCACCCUGCAGAUCACCGACACCACCGGCAGCCACCAGUUCCCGGCCAUGCAGCGCCUGUCCAUCUCCAAGGGCCAUGCCUUCAUCCUGGUCUUCUCGGUCACCAGCAAGCAGUCGCUGGAGGAGCUGAAGCCCAUCUACCAGCAGAUCGUGCAGAUCAAGGGCAGCGUGGAGAGCAUCCCCAUCAUGCUGGUGGGCAACAAGUGCGACGAGACGCAGCGCGAGGUGGAGAGCAGGGAGGGGGAGGCCAUGGCCAAGGAGUGGAAAUGCGCCUUCAUGGAGACCUCGGCCAAGAUGAACUACAACGUCAAGGAGCUCUUCCAGGAGCUGCUGAACCUGGAGAAGAGGAGGAACGUCAGCCUCACCAUCGACGGGAAGCGCUCCAGCAAGCAGAAGAGGACAGACAAAAUCAAGGGGAAGUGCAGCAUCAUGUAGAGCCCCGGACUGGCCCGCACCCCCUCCCCACUCCGGAUACCCCCCCUUCCCUCCUCCCCCCCACGGCUGGACGUGGCAGUGGCAUCGCAGCGGGACCGUCCCCUCGUCCUCCGUGUGCCAUCACUGUGACUGUGCGGGGCCGCCGGCGCUCGGCCCGGGGCCGGGGGUGAAGACGGGGCCGAGGUGAGGGACACGCGGCCACCACCCCCUGGGCACGGCAGGAGCGGGGACUCGCCGCCGCCGCCGGGACACCCGGACCACACCCCCUGCACUCAGCACAACCGGUGCCACCGGGCCCGGCCCCCGUCGGUCCUCGCGGGAGGGAGGGACGGUGCCACGUGGGGAUGGCGGUGUCACCCUUUGGGGACAGUCACGCGCGGCCCCCGUCCCCACGCCAUAGUGCUCUGCUCCUGCGGGCAGAGACCCGGGGCGGGGGCAGCCCCUGCGCGGUGCCCGUGUCCCCCUGACCGGUGUCCCCGGCCCCCCUGCCCCAUCCUGGUGCCAUGACCUCCCUCCCCAAACCCCCAGCCCUGUCCUGGUGCCACAGCCCCAUCUGCCACCGCAGCCCCCCGAGCCCCCAGCCCGGCACCGUGGUCCCCUUGCCCCCCCAGCCCCACCCUGGCGCCGCGGGACCCCCGUGCCCCUCCCCAGCCCCGAGCCGGUGCCGCAGCCGGAGCCGCCAGCCCAAGCACAAAGCAUCGGGUCCGCGGGAGGUCCUGACCCAGCACAAUCCUGGCGAGCUCCGGCGGGAGACCCCCGGCCCCACAGCCAGCCGGGCCCCCCGCGCCCCCUCCCCACUGAUGCCGCAAGGAUCGGUGCCACCCCGCCCUCAGAGUCCCCCCGCGGGGUGGCCCGGCCCCGCACCCCCGGGACCCCCGGGACCCUCGGCCCCCUCCAGCUCUGGCGCAGCCCCGCUUGUUCCCCCCUGGCCGGAGCGGGGUCCCCGCGCUGUCACCAGCCCCUCGGCCCCUCGAGGUUUGUCCCCUCGCUCCGGCCCCGCUCCUUCCCCCGCCGCCGCCACCGGGGUGUCCCCGAGGGGAUGUCCCCGGACAGGCCGAGCCCCCCCCCAGCUCCCCGCACCCCCCGGCUUUUUACACGAGGAUCCGAGCGCCCAGGGGACAAGGUGACGAUGUAGCCUUUAUUCUAGAAAUAGUCUUCCUUCAAUAAAGAGACGAG